ACUUAUUUCUCUUCUAGGUUAGAUAUUGUGCAGAGUGCAGACCCGCUAAGCAAGCAGAAGACAUUCUGCGACAGUGCCGCAGGGACAUCUCCUCCUUUGGUUCGCUUUCUGGGUACCGAUGAGGUCACCGGCCGCCGCCGAUUUCUCCGAUGCGCUGUCGUCUCCGAGCUCCCCAGCCACGACACCCCUCCAAUCCAGCUCCGGCCGCCACUUCUACCUUGCCGUUGACCGCCUCCAAUUCAAGAUGAGGACACUGCUGGAACUCCUAGGCGUUGUCUCUGAUCGCCGCGGUGCACUGCCAAUCGCCAUAUGUGUUUCGUCACGGGAUGAGCUCGAUGCCACCUGUGCUGCUGUUGCCAACCUCCCCUUUGUGUCAUUAUCACCGCUGUAUAGUGAUCAAGCUGAACCCGAGCGGGCAUCCAUUCUUGAGAAGUCCCGUCAAGCAGUAAUGCAGUGGAAUCAGACUAAAGAUACUGAUAUUUCUGCAAGUCCCAAGCCUGAAAGCAUGGUUGCGAAGCUAAGCAUUACAGUAGCAACAGAUGCUUGUUUGCCUUUGGCAGCAAUGGGAGAGGCUCCCCUUAUGACUCGUUUGCUGAUAAACUACGAAUUACCCACAAAGAAGGAAGCUUAUUUAAGACGUAUGUCAGCAUGCUUGGCUGCAGAUGGAAUCAUUAUUAAUAUGGUGGUUGGUGGCGAGGUAGCCCUUCUCAAGUCUCUAGAAGAAACCAGUGGUUUUGUCAUUGCAGAGAUGCCAAUACAUGUUUCUGAGAUAUUAUGACUACCUGAGUUCAUUUCAGAAGGUGUCUUUUUGUUUAAUCUAUGCAUGUGGACAUGUUGAAUGGACGCAAUAGAUUUCUCCAUAAGUACAUGUGGAAGCUCAAGAUACCACUCAAGAUAAAGAUUUUCAUGCAGUUUCUGUGGAAGCUCAAGAUACCACUCAAGAUAAAGAUUUUCAUGCAGUUUCUGAAUAGAAAGGUCUUCCUUAUUAAGGACAACCUUGUUAGGAGAAACUGGAAUGGAUGCAAACUUUGUUGGUUUUUUGUGAUAACGAUGAAACAUUCACUCAUUGUACCUAUCUUGUUCCCUUGUUCACGUUGUUUGGGAAUUGAUUGAAUGGGGUUAAUAAAACAACAAAAGCUAAAAUUGGUUUUUAGGCUUUUAGCUUUAUGUUAGGACUAUUUGGAAUUGCAGAAACGAUAUUGUUUUUAACACAA